UCGCUUUUUGACACAAGCUUUGUUAUGAAAACAACUCGCAGUUGUUUGCAAAGUGUUUUAGAAAGAAUCGCGAAAUCAGUUCAAACAUUUUGAUAAAAUUAAAUAUAAUUUGGUAAAUAAGAAAAACUUCUAAAUAUGGAAGUCCAGGCUUCAAAAGCAGUUCGGUUACAGCGAGUGAGUCACGCACCCAUCAAAACUGAGUCGAUCAAGGAGGAGGAUCUACCGAAGAUAACUAUGCAGAAAGCCGCACCAGCUAGAAAAGCCUCUGCUCAGCAGCAGCAGCAGACCCGGACCCUCACCGUGGAAUCGCUCCGCAGGAUUGUGUGUUGUCUGUGUUUCGAAACGAAAGCGGACGUUGGGCGGGUUUCCGCCUUUGGGGCGUUUGCGGAUCAGACCUUUUUGAGUGACAUCGUUCGCACCUGUUUCGGGGUGGAUAUUGAUGAGGAACAGUUUUGUACGGACGUGUGCGAGCAGUGCCUGGUGCGGAUCGAGAUAACGUGGCAGUUCUACAGGAAGGUCAAUGCUAAUGCCAGCGCGUUGAAGGAUUUGUAUCGGUCAAUUAACAAUAAUGUUGAACCAUUGAACACUAGCAGGGUACAUCAUUCUCAAGAAGGUUCUAAACACAAGAAGGAAUUCAGUAUUCGUAGUAUGAAGGUUCCAAAAUUAACGAAACCAAAAUCUCCAACAAAAAUUGCAGUCAAAAGGCCAUCUUCAAACAUAGGGCAAAACAAGAACAAUCAUUCCAUUAAAGAACCUCCAAUCAUAGAUCAGGAAUCCUCAGACCACAGCAGCCAAGAGAGCGAUGAAGACAGUGAAAGCGAUGGUUUAUCAGAGCACCCCUUCUUCGCCGAACAUACGAAAUCCGUCUACAACUGCCAUCUUUGUCCGCAAACGUUUGAUAGGUCUCAAACCCUCCAUGUUCACCAGCUGAACGCACACCAAACAGACAACGAUAAAAUCCUGUGUCAUCUGUGUCCCAAGUGGUUCUCAUCUCGGCACUUCCAGGAUCACGUACGAAACACCCACAUGGAGGAGAAGGUCAUUUGUACGAUCUGUGGUCAGUCGUACACCAGUACGAACUUGCAACGCCACAUGCGGAUCCACACGAAGGAACGACCAUACGCCUGCAAGUUGUGCACCUAUACCUGCAAUCAGUCUACGUCCCUCAAACAACACGUCCUAAGAAUUCAUAUGGGAGAUCAUACGAAUAAAAGGACCCGAAUAGCUAAGGGCCCUCGGAAACCCAAGCAACCGAAGAAUAUCUGCACGAUUUGCGAUGCUGCGUUCCACCACGCCCUCUCGCUCGAAAGACACAUCGCGAGGAUUCACAUGGGCAUAAAACCACCCCCGAGGAGUCCACCUCCGGAAGGAACCCCGAUUAAAAAGCGAGCUUCACGGCUCCACCCCUGUCCAGUUUGCGAGCAGAAGUUUUUCCGCCAGAGCAAGCUGAUAACGCAUCUGGAGGAAACCCAUCCGGAUCACCAGGCCACUUUCAUCCAGUGCGAAGACUGUCCGGAGCGGUUCCUGCAUAAACGAGGCUACAACAAUCAUCGGAUGUAUCGACACUCGGAGAAGACGUACAAGUGCGAUCACUGCGGAGAGGACCAGCCUUCGGCGCCCAUUUUCUACAACCACAAAAUGAGGUGCUACCAGAGGGAUCUGCCGGCAGCGGGAAGCUCGCAGGGUUAAAGUGCAAGUUGAACAUGUUAAAUACUAACAAAUGCAAUGGAGAAGUACUAACGUUCAAAAAUCGUUGGAAAUGUAAAUAAACUUCUUAAAUCCUUAAAUCCUGAGAUUUUAACCAAAAAUGUU